CACUCGACAAUUGGGAGGGACGAAUAUUAAACUGAGGCAAAAGUUCUGCACUGCUGAGUUAGUUGAAGAGGUGGUUUUUCUUGUGAUCAAUUUCGCCUUCUAAGGCGAGAUAGAAGUCGAGAUGUCAGUGGCUGUAAGUUCCAAGUUGAACAAGACAGUGAGGGAGCAGUACCUGAAACUGCCUCAGGAGAGGAAGGUACAGGUUACCUACGUAUGGAUCGAUGGCACUGGAGAAGGUCUUCGUUGUAAAACCAAAACCCUGGACUCGGAACCUCAAACCAUUGAAGAUAUUCCCGAGUGGAAUUUUGAUGGAUCCAGUACCUAUCAGGCGGAAGGCUCUAACAGCGACAUGUUUCUGAUUCCGGUCCGCAUCUUUCGGGAUCCCUUCAUCCUGGAUCCGAACAAACUAGUGCUUUGUGAGGUUCUGAAAUACAAUCGGACACCGGCAGAGACCAACUUGAGGCACACCUGUAAUGAAGUGAUGGAGAAAGCGAAGGACACUCAUCCCUGGUUUGGUUUGGAGCAAGAGUAUACUCUGCUGGGAAUCAAUGGGCAUCCUUAUGGCUGGCCUCAAAAUGGAUUUCCGGGACCACAAGGACCGUACUAUUGUGGAGUUGGAGCAGAUAAAGUCAAUGGUAGAGAUAUAGUGGAAGCCCACUAUAAAGCAUGCCUCUAUGCUGGAGUGAAGAUAUCAGGCACCAACGCUGAAGUCAUGCCAUCACAGUGGGAAUAUCAAGUGGGGCCAUGUGAAGGGAUUGAAAUGGGAGAUCACUUGUGGAUUUCCAGAUACAUUCUUCAUCGCAUUUGUGAAGACUUUGGGGUUGUGGCUACAUUUGAUCCAAAGCCAAUGACUGGAAACUGGAAUGGAGCUGGAUGCCAUGCUAACUUUAGCACAGAGGCUAUGCGAAAGAAAGGAGGCCUUCAGCAUAUUGAAGAAGCAAUUGAAAAGCUGAGUAAGAGGCAUGCAUACCACAUCCAUGUCUAUGAUCCAAAAGGAGGACUGGAUAAUUCCAGAAGGCUAACCGGACAACAUGAAACCUCAAAUAUCCAUGACUUCUCUGCUGGAGUUGCGAACCGUGGAGCGAGCAUUCGCAUUCCUCGCCAAGUUGGACAAGAUCACUGUGGUUACUUUGAGGACAGAAGACCAGCUGCAAACUGUGACCCUUAUGCUGUUACUGAAGCCCUUGUCAGGACUUGUGUCCUAAAUGAAAAUUAGCUACCAUGUUGUACUGAGAUUUGGCACGAGAGCACCAGAAUCUUCUGUGGUUGUAGUAUUUUAUCUUGACCAAAAUGAUUCUUUUAACUACCCGAAUGGUGAUGGUCACUAUUUCUAUUUGAAAACUAAAUUUUUACUUGUAUGUAUAGCACACUAAAUAUUCUUGGUUAAUUCUUCAAUGGACAUAUUUGGAUAUUCAGGUUUUGAGACUGAGGUAAAUUUUGGUGAGCUAGAAUUGCAUGCAACUAAUUAAAUCAGAUUCACUUAAAUUUUUAAAAAUGAAUUUACAUUAGACAAAAGUUUAAAUAUCCUCUGCUCAAUUUCAUUUCGAUAUUAAUUAUAUGGAGGGGAGAUUGUUAUAACUUGUGUUGAAGCUGUUAAGUUGAAAAUGACUGACUGUAGUUUAAGUGGAAUAAUCUUUUUGUUCUGA